GCAAAUCCUUCUAGGGAUUUGUUGUUCCCUGAUAGACCCAAGGCCAGCCCAGAAUGGCUAAGAGCAAAGCAAACAGCCUUAUCUUGCCAGCGUGGGGCCCCGACUAUAAAGAGGGAAAUCGCUGAGCCCUCCACUAACCCAAGAUGAAGCUCCUUCUGCUGGCUGCUCUGCUCACAGCAGGCGCUACUGCACACAGCAUCAGCCCUCGGGCUGUGUGGCAGUUCCGCAAUAUGAUCAAGUGCACCAUCCCCGGGAGCGAUCCCCUGAGGGAGUACAACAAUUACGGCUGCUUCUGUGGCUUGGGCGGCUCAGGCACCCCAGUGGACGACUUAGACAGGUGCUGCCAGACUCAUGACCACUGCUACACUCAGGCCAAGAAGCUGCAAAGCUGUAAAUUCCUCGUAGAUAACCCCUACACCAACACGUACUCAUUCAAGUGCACCGGGAAUGUGAUCACCUGCAGUGACAAAAACAACGAGUGCGAGGCGUUCAUCUGCAACUGUGACCGCCAGGCUGCCAUCUGCUUCUCGAAGGCCCCCUACAACAAAGAACACAAAAACCUUGACACCAAGAAAUUCUGUUAGGCUGUCCCCUCCCUUCCCUUCCCGCCUACGCCGUCCCCGCCUACGCCGUCCCCGCCCACCUUGCUGUCUUCACACCGCGCCCUGUAAUAAAGUACCUGCUGAAAGA